AUGUAUGUCGGGAUACUUGUAUGCGCUUCUGCUCCCCGAAUACUACGAUGCAAUCUCUUGCUCCAGACUCAGACUCUCGCAUACUUGACGUCAGGCAGCAGCUGCCAAGCAAAGGCUGCUGAGAAAGCGGCCGAGGCACCCGCCGCGGCCGAGGCUGCAAAGCCAGCCGAGUCUGAAGAGGAGGGGAUGGAGGUGGACGAGUGGGGCUUCCAAAUGGCCCUUGACCAGGUCAAAGAAGCCGCCUGCGCAGACGAUGCUCUAGCCGUGAUGGAGGCGCUUGUGGACUCUAAGCCGUCGGCAGAGUUUCUUGAGGCCGCAAGCUGGUCUACAAAGCUAUCGGAGGUCCAAAGUUUGCCAUCGGCAGACCUCCGCGUGGUGGCCUGUGCCAAACGACUGGCCUCCAUUUGGGAACGCAAGAAACGCGGCGAA